AAGAGACAUUAAAAAAAUUUUUAAAUGUUGUAAGUGACUAUGGAUUUGUACAAAUUGACAAGAAUGAAGUUAUCUUUGGACCAAUGUCACAGCUUUUAGCAAAUAAUAUAAGGAGGGAAUGGCAAAACGAUAUUGUUACCCAGUCAAAUAACAAUGUUUCCAUCCUCAGUGGUAACCUCAAUACCAAAUGGCAAGAUGAUUGUUAUUCCUCUUUCCGUCAGCAUCUUCAACUCGGCAGUAAAAAAUUACCUUUUGGUCUUGUAUUUAUGUUAAGAGACGUACCACUUCCUAAAAGUGGAAGAGAAGCCCAAAGCAGGAGGCUUUAUCAUCAAUCAAAAACAAACCUCUACAGAUGUUUAAAGUUUAUUGAUCCAAAAAGAAGCCAACAAUAUUUUUACCGGCUUCAAAGGUUACGCAAUAUCUGGUGGCGCAAGCUCGCUAGAGAUCCUGAGAUAUUCCAAAUAAAGGAAGUUGAAGGAGAGGCAGUGGAGAUAGUUGCCAAAUUACCUUGGAUUGAAGAGACCGUAGAAACUAUUCAUAACCAUGGCAGUAGACCUUUAGAAUCCUAUGGGACUAUGUUCGAGGUGAAAAUCGGACGUAAAAGAGUUUUGCCACACGUUAUUGAAAGUGUUUGUUUGGAAGCACCUGCUACUGUGGCGUACUUGUGUGAUGCUUUCCAUCCCUCACAAUCUCGCACACUGCUGCGGUUCCACCACAGCCUGACGCCGUAUAAAGCCGCUGUACUGAUAGAUGCUGAAGAUGGUGUUCCAGAAGAAUUAAAGCUGCUGGCAGAAUUCCUCAAUUUAAGUCUUCGUAGAGCAGGAUUGCUCACCCUAAUGUCUUGUGUCAAUGACAAUGAAAAUAGUGUUAACCUGCUAUUCAAGAAACAUGACCUACUUGGAAUACCAUACUCUCUGGUGAUCAAGGAUGAGACACUUAGUAAUGGUAUAGCUGGUCUACGUAGCAGGGAUACCAUGUUACAGGAACAAGUUCAUAUUAGUAGAAUCACUUCAUACUUGAAACAGCUAUUCAGAAAAUAAAAGGUGUUCGUGCUCAAAGAUGUGGUAUGCAUUGCAAUUAAAACUAUUGCCACUGUUAGUUUAUUAAAUUAAUUUAUUGUACUGGUGUGAAAAAUCCUUAAUCCAAUACAUGUAUUGUGAA